AAUUAAUUAUCAUUAUAUUGACAAUUUUUGUAAUUUUUUGGAAAUACAUAUAUCUGAAGAGUAUUUAAAGAAACAUGUUCCGAUACAUUUGUUUUGUUUUUGUUGCGGGUUUGGCAUGUAUUCAGUGUACGAUAUGUCCAGAACGUAGUGUGGAAGUCAAAAUACCAAAUUAUGUCAAAGCUGGGGAUAGUGCAACCCUCGUCUGCAAUUUUAGAGCAAGAAACGAAGAAGACCAUCUUAUUAAUGUACGUUGGUAUAAAGAAAAUGAAGAAUUCUACCGAUUUACACCAGUGGACCAUCCUCCAAUAAAAGUAUUUGGUCUGCCCGGAAUAACUGUUGAUGAACAAAAAAGUACAGCUAAAACAGUAGUAUUGAAAAAUGUGCAAGACCAGCUUACAGCUAAUUAUACAUGUGAAGUCAGUUGGACUGUACCAAACACCGCAAUUGUUAGAGGUUCGAAACGGAUGUUUGUAGUUGAUGAACUACAAGGUGAUCUUAUCUUAACAGUGGACAACGAGUCUCCUGGUCUUGGCGACAACCUACAGGGAGCAUGUAUUACCCCUCCUUCCAAAGUUGUACCAACUUUUACAUGGUUUUUAAACGGAGAGAAGGUUUAUAAUUGGUUUUCGCCAGCAACAAGAAGAAAUAGCAAUGUUCCGAAAAGGUUUACCUCUUUCUUUAACGAAAGAGUUCAGUUUGUUAAUGACCAAGCCAACUUAACAUGUGUUGUUCAAAUAGAGAAUGUUUACGAAACACGUAAAUCAGUUAUAUUGAAAAAAAGUAAUAAUCAAAUUAGAGGUUACUACCUCCUAAGGGGAAACGCUAUGGCUGGAAGUUCGAGAGCGACCAUCAACUUGGGUAUAUUUGCAGCUGUUUUGGUGGGUAAAUUCUGGUCAUUAUUCUAAAAAAAACAUGUACUAAACAAACGCAUUAAAAAUAUAUAUUAAAAUAUA